AUGUUUCAUCCGGAAGAGUUGAAGCAGCUGAUUCCCCUGUUCAGAGAGGGAGGCGGCGUCACGGACUGGAUAGAAACCAUCGAUCAUUACCAAGAAAUCUACGCUUGGACCGAGAAGACAACUUUGCUUUACGCCACGUGCCGAUUGGCUGGAGCAGCACAUCAGUCGUUUUUAAGUGUUCGACAGACGAUUUUAUCAUGGAUGGAUUUUAAGCAGACGAUACUUCUGGCUUUUCCGGACCACGAAGAUGAAGCGGACAUUCAUCGAAAACUUGCCAAAUGCGUGAAGGAUUCAAAAGAGUCAUACGAAAAUUAUGUAUUCCGUGUUAAUGCACUGGGGCAACGAGGCAAGUUGAGUGCGGCAGCGGUUAUAAAAUACAUCAUCAGCGGCCUGUCAUAUGAUUCGAUAUACUCCAACAUCGUGUCGCGGCAGUACACAACUAUUUAUGAGCUACUAGCACAAAUUCGGUACUGUGAAUCUAACCAGGAGCUCUACAAGCGACAGAGCUCCAUUCCAAAGAACUUCAGCUCGCGGCCAGCCAACAACCAUACACCACCAAAGAAGCAGCCGGGUGAAAACAAUAUGUCUGGAGCUCAAGUGACAACAAAGCGAAACGACGAAUGUUACAACUGCCAUGGUUCGGGCCACAUUUCAGUUAAUUGCCCCAAACCGCAACGACGAGCGAGAUGUGCUGUAUGCAACAGAGUAGGACACGACGAACAAAACUGUUUCAAGCGCAAUCAGGACAGAAAUCGAAGCGAUAACCGUACAGCAGCAAACGACGCAGCAAGAACGGAACCGGUGGCCGGUACAAGCGGCAGCGACGGUCGCAGUACCAACACGGCAUACCCAAUCGAAGUUCAGCAGACGAAACAUGAUUUACGUAGCGAAGCGAAGUUUCUAGAGGUGGAUGCCAGUUCGAUGGUAUCUAGUGACGUCAUCAUUGGAGGAAGACUGAAAGCGGUACAGUCACUGGCAGAUUCAGGGUGCCCGCUUAGUAGUGCUAGUGAUAAAGAUCUAGUAGGUGUCAAUAAUUCCAAAAUCGAGAUUGUAGGAGCGUACUCGACAAAAAUUAUUAUUGAUUCCAACGUUUAUUUGGCUAAUUUCACAGUGGUUGCAGAUACCACAAUGAAGGUUGACAUGAUAUUAGGGCGAAGAUUCCUUCAAGAUAACGAUUUUCACGGUUUGGCGUUUAAGCGUAAUGACAAAUUUGAUGUCGAUGCGAUGAAGGGGGUUUUUGAUGGCGACGUAGCUGACGUUAGUAUUUUGUUCGUGGACGAUAAGGUUGAGCUCGACAUUGGAGACACUAGCGAGACCAGAGCACUUAGCGGUAAGGUGUACGAACUUUUCGAUAACGAUUAUUUAAACCGUGUGAAACCUCGCGAACCUUUAGUUAAGCACAGCGUUGAGAUAAAGUUAAAGGAGGACCGAUAUUAUAAUGCGACACCUCUGCGACUUAGCGAUUUUGAACGAAAGGAACAGAAUAAGAUAGUGAAUGAUAUGUUGUCGAAGGGGAUAAUUCGCGAAAGUGAAUCUCCCUAUUCGAGCCGAGUGGUUAUGACACGCAAAAAGAAUGGCGAAUACCGUUUCUGUGUAAAUUUUCGACCGCUAAACAAACUUGUUGAACGGAUUUUCGAUCCGAUUAACAUGCGACUGUACAAGAAGGAGAAGGAUGAAGAAAUUGGCAGUUUUUCUGAUUCCGAAAUUGAAUUCGAAGAUGUAGAGUACUUGGACGAGGAAUUUCAGUAA